AAGCUUGACGAGAACAAUUCGAUUUCAAAUAUCACAAAAUGUCUGAUUUCUACGAGAUUUUGUUCUCAUCCAUUUUGAUCUGCACAGCUACAGGUCAAAUUUAAAAUUCUGUUCGCGGACUCCUCCGAACCGAGGGAAUUUCCUAAAGAGUUCACUUUUGGAGACGUCUCUGUCACUGUCGUUGAUAGAGCAUGUAAAGAGUUUAACUUUUUCACUUGGCCAUGUGCUGAAGUCUUGGCUGACUUUGUGCGAAGGAACAUCACACCAUGCAGCUCCGUUCUUGAGCUAGGUUGUGGAACUGGACUACCAGGAUUAGUAGCUGCUAAAUGUGGGGCUUUAGUUACCCUCUCGGACGCCACCAUGGACUACAAGUACUGGAGGAAGGUAGCAGAGCUGAAUAACACUCAAAUAGCAUAUACGGAGAUUAAAUACUACGAAUCUGAAAAGUUGUUCCCCGUCGAUCUAGUUCUUGCCUCCGAUCUAAUUUACGACUCAGAAGAAUCGGACGUUGAUGGUGUUUUGUCGUCUAUUAGUGACGCUCUUUCUCGCAAGCCGGAAUCUAAAUGCUGGAUGGCGCAUCAGAUUCGCAGCUCGACCCACUCAGUAGCAGAUAACUUGGUGUUCUGGGACCUGAAAGCUCGCAAAAUAGAGUCCAGCACCUCCACCGGACACGACAUUAAUAUCUACGAGUUGUGGAGAAGCAUAGACCACUCGGCCCCCUGCUAAUGUAGGG